AUGCGACACGAGACGCUAGAAGGGAAGACAAGCCAGGUAGACGGAGGACACCCGAACGAUAUCAACGGCGUCUCGGAUUUUCGAGGGCGGCAAAGAAGCGCAGCGGAGAGCUUGCUUCAUGAAUGUGUCAUCCGUUUUUGUCCACCAAAGUUCGGACCAGUGGGACAGGAAGAUCGGCUACACAUCUUUUCAAGCGACGGAACGGAGCCGCGGGCACGUAAACAGUACACGCGGUUCUGUAGAAAACACGCGAGAGCACGCGCGGGUGGCCGAUGCUGGUCGCACAGGCUAGUGCCUCAGAGCCAUCGAACGCGAUGGUCGGUACGAGAAAAAAUUCCAUUUUCUUUUCGUCUUACAGGACGUUAUGUCAAUGGAAACUUACGCGAGUAUGGAACGGAGGAUUGGGAACCAGAGUCUUGGCCCCUAUCUAGAAUUCAGCUAGAAGCAGAACGACCCCGCCUCCAGAAACACCGUUAUAAGGUGUACAAACUGUGAGAAGAGGGGUUUUGCUAGAGUAGAGAAACAACGGAUUCGACACACGUACUCCUUGGCAAACACAAGGAACACUGCCGGCUAAUACACGAACUACGACAUUCGGUUCGGCAAUUUCUGCAUGUUGAGGCAGCGCUCUACCAGGAAAACUAGGGUUCAACCAAAUGUCGACCGCGUAUUCUCCGACUUCUGCUGUGCUGCAGUAGUACAAGAUGCGAAUGGUAGCAUUAGUCACUUACACGCUCGUCUCGGGCCCACAGUUUUGUCUAGUUCUCUCACGCAAGUGAGGAACCAGCAUUGGAAACCCAGCUGCGGUGUGACUCUCACGCGGUGUGCCGGAUUUGAGGACGAUUCAAUACUUGUGGUUGCGGCUUUGUGUUUUCAAGUCCUGUUUCUAUCUGAUUCCCACAGUAUCUUAUAACAUAAACUGCGAAUUUGUUUUCGCGACAUCGAAUGGAGGAAGGCUGCGCACAACACGCAGA